UUAAGUCUGUGCUCAAAAAAUCUCAAAUAAUGGCCUAUCAACUGUCUUUGCCACUAUCCACCACCACACCACGUCUCUCGUUCAAGGUGCAUCGCCGGAAGCCUGAGCUGGUUACUCCGGCUAAGCCAACGCCACUAGAGCUCAAGCCUCUCUCCGACAUAGACGACCAACAAGGACUGAGAUUUCAACUUCCAAUGAUCUUUUUCUACAGACCUAACUUUACAAGUAAUUUCGAUCCGGUCCAAGUGAUCAGGAGAGCUCUCGGACGCACGCUGGUUUACUAUUACCCGUUCGCUGGUAGGCUCCGGGAAGGUCCUAACCGAAAACUUUGGGUGGACUGUACUGGAGAAGGGGUUUUGUUCAUUGAAGCCGACGCUGACGUUACGUUUGCUGAGUUGGAGGAAGCUGAUGCUCUUCUUCCUCCUUUCCCUUGCUUAGAAGAGCUUCUCUUUGAUGUAGAAGGUUCUAGUGAGUUGCUAAACACUCCGUUGCUUCUUGUACAGGUCACGCGGCUCAAGUGCGGUGGAUUCAUCUUCGCCCUCCGUUUCAACCACACCAUGACCGACGGAGCCGGUCUGUCCCUCUUUCUGAAAUCACUAUGCGAGUUGGCGUGUGGGUUACACGCGCCUUCAGUUACACCUGUGUGGGAACGACAGUUGCUGAUCGCGAGUGCAUAUGCCCGUGUGACACAUGCUCACCGCGAGUAUGACGAUAACGUGGAGCCUGAAGCGGUGGUUGUCGGAGACGUUUUAGUUACUAAGUCUUUCUUUUUUGGUCCGGACGAGAUAGCCGCUAUAGGGAGACUCCUCCCGCACGGUCUCCACAGCACCACUUUUGAUGCGCUGACAUCGUUUUUGUGGCGUUGUCGGACGGUUGCAAUGAGUCCUGACCCCAACACCGAGAUGCGAAUGACAUGCAUCGUCAAUUCUCGUUCCAAACUUAGAAACCCACCCAUACCGUCGGGUUACUAUGGAAAUGUUUUUGCCAUUCCUGUGGCGAUAGCCACCGCAAAAGAUCUGAUGGAAAAACCGCUCGAGUUUCCUCUGAGGUUGAUACAAGAGGCGAAGUCUAGCGUGACAGAGGACUACAUACGGUCAGUGACGGCGCUAAUGGCAACUAGAGGCCGGCCUAAGUUUGUGACAGCUGAAAACUACAUAGUGUCGGAUUUGAGGCGUUUUGAUAUAGGAAAAGAUGAUUUCGGGCCUUGGGGUAAACCCGUGUACGGUGGAACCGCUGAGGCCGGUAUUGCCACGUUUCCAGGAGUGAGCUUCUACGUGCCAUUUAAGAAUAAAAAAGGUGAGAAUGGAACUGUUGUGGCAAUCAGCUUGCCUGCGCUAGCGAUGGAGAAGUUCGUAGAAGAGCUCAACGGUGUGUUCAUGGCUGGAUCCUUUGCUAGGUCCAAAAGGACAUUUGUCUUGAAAUCUAAAUUUUAAAGAAAUAACAGUUUUUCUUUUCUCCUCUAAAGUUGUCAGUUCAAA